AUGAAUUAAAAAAUAUUUAUUAGUAAUUUAAAAAAAUGCUAAUUAUUAGAAUAAUUAUUUGCUUUAAUUAGAUUUCAAAUAUUUAUUGUGAUUAAUUUCUUUCUUAUAAUCAAUUUAAAAGCUGAAAAUUUGUUCUAAAAUAAAAAAUAGAAAUUUAAGAAAAUCAGAAGCGAGUUUUAUAAAGAAAUGUAAAAGUCUUCAAAUUCUUCUUUGAAUGAGUUCUAUGAUAUAGAUUUAAAGUGUAUCUACUUUUACUUUAGUGCAGAACAAUUAGAUAAAUAAAGUAAGUAAUAAAAAUGUCUAUCAUAAGUUGAUUUAAAUUUAAAAUUUAUUAUAAAAAUUUUGACUUUUUUUUUAUUUGAUCUUGAAACAUUUUAAUAAUUUUAUUUAUAUAUUUGA